AUGCAAAUCGCAGCAGCUGCGGGGAUGAACCGCUGGGGUCUGGGAAGAGCCGGGAAUGCCACUAAAUCGGACGGAAGGGGGCCGCGCGGAGGGAGGCUGAUGAUGCUGGUGUGGAUUAUCCUCUUCAGCUCGCUGUGCCUGAUGGUCGACGGGCAGAUGAAGAUCCCACCAGAAACGGUGCAGCAAUGGGCCGUGUCCUUUAGCAAGGAGAUUGCUGCUCUGUCCGCCAGGUACUCUGGAGCCAAGCUGCUACAGAAGAAAUACAAGGACAUCGAGGGCAUGGUGAAGAUUGAGGAGGUGAACGGAGAGGAGCUGGUGAAGAAGUUUGCAGAGGAGAUGGAGGAGAUGCUCGGGAGGAAGAUGAAGUCAGUGAAGAGGUUAGCAGAAGCAGCAGAGGAUGCAGAUUUAUACCACGAGUACAAUGAAACACUGGAGUUUGAUUAUUAUAACUCCAUGCUGAUCAACUCGUACGAUAAGGCUGGGGACUCAGUGCCGCUGGGAGGAGAAUUCCCUCUGGAGGAAAAUGAACACUUCAAUACACUGCCAGUGAACACACAACUGAGCAACAUACAAGUCCCCACUAACGUCUACAACCGAGAUCCAGACAUUCUCAACGGAGCCUACAUGUCCGAGGCCCUGAACGACGUGUUCAUCGACAACUUCCAGAAGGACCCGACUCUCACGUGGCAGUACUUUGGCAGCGCUACAGGCUUCUUCAGGCUGUACCCAGGGAUCAAGUGGACUUCAGAUGAACAUGGUGUGGUCACGUUUGAUAGCAGAAACAGAAAUUGGUAUAUCCAAGCAGCCACGUCUCCCAAAGAUGUGGUGAUCGUGGUGGAUGUCAGCGGCAGCAUGAAGGGACUCAGACUGACCAUCGCCAAACACACCAUCAAUACAAUCCUGGACACACUGGGAGAAAAUGACUUUGUUAACAUCAUUGCUUACAGUGAUUAUGUUCGUUACGUGGAGCCCUGCUUCAAGGGCACACUGGUACAAGCUGAUCUGGAUAACCGGGAGCAUUUCAAGAUUUUGGUUGAAGAGCUUCAUGUGAAAGGAGAGGGCAAAGUGAAAUAUGCAAUGAAGGAAUCUUUUAAGAUUCUCAAUGAGGCUGCUGCACUGGGCCAGGGCAGCCUGUGUAACCAGGCCAUCAUGCUGAUUACAGAUGGAGCCAUGGAGGACUUCCAGGAGGUUUUUAAAGAGUUCAACUGGCCAGAGCGAAGGGUUCGUGUGUUCACCUACUUAAUUGGACGUGAGAUGACAUUUGCUGAUACUGUCAAAUGGAUCGCCUGCAAUAAUAAGGGUUACUAUACCCACGUCUCCACACUGGCUGACGUGCAGGAAAACGUUAUGGAGUACCUCCAUGUUCUCAGCCGGCCGAUGGUCAUCAACCACGACCAUGACAUCAUAUGGACCGAGGCCUACAUGGACACUGUGCUGUUCGAUACUCAGGCCCAAAGCCUUCUGCUGAUGACCUCAGUGGCCAUGCCUGUGUUCAGCAAGAAGAAAGAGACUUUGUCUCAUGGGAUCCUGCUGGGAGUGGUGGGAACUGACGUGGCCCUAAGAGAACUGAUGAGAUUAGCUCCUAGAUACAAGUUGGGUGUCCAUGGUUACGCCUACCUCAUCACUAACAAUGGCUACAUCCUGUCUCACCCUGACCUACGACCUUUGUAUAAGGAGGGGAAGAAGUUAAAGCUAAAACCCAACUACAACAGUGUCGAUCUCUCAGAGGUGGAGUGGGAGGACACUGAGGAGAAACUGAGGACAGCCAUGGUGAAAGGAGAAACUGGAACGCUGUCUUUAGACGUGAGAACGUCAGUGGAUAAAGGAACGAGAGUGAUGUUCCUGAAGAAUGAUUACUUUCACACCGUCCUCAAUGAGACACCAUUUAGUCUGGGUAUAGUGUUAACUCGGGGAUAUGGACAAUAUAUCUUCAUCGGAAACGUCUCUGUUGAGGAAGGUCUUCAUGACUUACUGGCUCCAGAUCUGACCAUAGCCAGCGAGUGGACAUACUGUGAGACCGACAUUGACCCAGCCCACCGCAAGCUGAGUCAGCUGCAGGCUGUGGUACGAUACCUCACUGGCAAAGAACCUGAUUUGGAGUGUGAUAUGUCGUUGUUGCAACAAACUCUGUUUGAUGCUGUGGUCACGGCUCCUAUGGAAGCUUACUGGACCGCCCUUAUGCUUAAUACAUCUGGUAUGGACGAUGGAGUAGAAACAGCGUUCCUGGGGACCCGUUCAGGCCUGUUGAGAUUCCAGCGGUACACUGGUAUUGAGAAAAGGGUUGCUAAGACUUUCCUGACCUCCACAGAUAAGGAGAAUAUGUUCACACUGGACCAUUUCCCAGUAUGGUACCGCAGAGCAGCCGAGUACCCAGCUGGACAGUUUCUAUACUACAUGCCCAGACAGGACACUAGAGAUGUGUUCAGGGACUAUGAGGUUGACUAUAGCGCAACCUUACGUGCUGAGGAGGUGAAGCACCAAGCGGAGGAGGGAGGGGGAAAACGGAGGAGGGAUGAGGAGGCAGGGCCGAUAGUGAUCUCUACCACUGCAGUCACUGUGACCGUGGGCAAGAAAACUGCCAUCGCUGGAGCCAUCGGUGUCCAGAUGACUCUUGACGCGUUUGAGUCCAGAUUCUGGUCCAUUACGUCCCAGCCAAAUGACACAGAUUGCUCUGACAUAGAAGGGAAAUGUCCUCUUCGGUGUGGCAGCUUUGAUAUCGACUGUUACCUGAUUGACAAUAAUGGCUUUGUCAUCAUUUCUAAACAGCGUAAUGAUGCUGGGAGGUUCUUUGGUGAGGUUGAUGGAUCAGUGAUGACCACACUUAUCAGAAUGGGCAUGUUCAAAAGGGUGUCCUUGUUCGACUACCAGGCAAUGUGUAAGAUGAACUUGCAUUCUGUCAACAGCGCUCGUCCACUUCUCAGUCCGUUCUAUGGUUUGACGUCAGCACUCAAGUGGCUCCUCUCCAACUUCCUUCUGUUCCUCCUGGAGUUUAAUAUCUGUGGCUUCUGGCACACGGAGCAUUUUGCUGAUGCGAAGUCUUCUUUCAGCGUGUCCUCGGCUCAUAAGAAAAAAGGGGACAUCCUGCAGCCGUGUGAAACCGAGUACCCCAGCUUCGUUUAUGAGCCGUCAGUCAAAGAGACCAACAGCAUUAUUAAGUGUGGACGCUGCCAAAAGAUGUUUGUGGUGCACCAGAUACCAGACAGCAACCUCCUGAUGCUGGUGGUUCAAGCAGACUGUGACUGCUCCAGACAGUACAGUCCCAUCACCAUGGAGCCCCAGGAAGUCAAAUAUAACGCCUCAGUAAAGUGCGACAGGAUGAGGUCGCAGAAGAUUCGCAGACGGCCCGAGUCCUGCCACGCCUACCAUCCUCAGGAGAAUGCCAACGACUGCGGACGAGCGUCUUUCAUUUCUGUCUCAAUCUCUCUCUUCUUUAUCUGUCUUUCCUUCUCCACGAUCGUCUCUUGA